UAAUUAAGAAGCCCGGCCGCAGCAGAGAGGUAAACAGCUGGUGAAUGAGAAGGGAUGCUCACAGGAUAAGGAGAGGAAUCGGACAUUUCAUUGUGCCACCAACCCAACCCGGCCUGGAGACAGACAGCGUGUGUAACAGUAGCAGCAGGGGAUUUGUAUUUGACUGAACCCCAGAAAGAAAAACUCCAGCCCCAUUGAAUCUUGUUGAUUCCCGACCUACAUUUACUCCAAAUAACAGGAGGUGCACAAAGUACUGGCCGACCUGUAAACAGCCUGACCCCCCACCCGCCUCACAAGGUACGGACCGUUUGAAGUGACCUCCUUGCCAACAUGAAGUUUGCGAGGUUCCUGCUGAAGAACGCAGCCUUGGCAAAUGCACCCAAACAGAUUGAGAGAUUCAGCCGCUUCUCCCCUUCCCCACUCUCCAUGAAGCAGUUCAUAGACUUUGGAUCUGCUAAUGGCUGUGAGAAGAUAUCCUUCGCAUUCCUCCGACAAGAGCUUCCUGUAAGACUGGCCAACAUCAUGAGGGAGCUCUAUAUACUUCCUGACCAGUUGCUGGGGACUCCGUCAGUGCAGCUUGUCCAGAGCUGGUACAUACAGAGCUUGAUGGAGCUAAUAGAAUUCGUUGAAAAAGAUCCAGAAGAGCAAAGAGUGCUGUCCGAUUUCACAGAAGCCCUUGUGACAAUCCGGAACAGACACAACAAUGUUGUCCCUACGAUGGCUCAGGGAGUUAUUGAAUACAAGGAGGCAUUUGGAGUGGAUCCUGUCACCAAUCAAAACGUUCAGUAUUUUCUUGAUCGCUUUUAUAUGAGCCGCAUUUCCAUAAGGAUGCUUAUAAACCAGCACACUCUUCUUUUUGAUGGUGGAACCAACCCAGCCCACCCAAAACACAUCGGAAGCAUCGAUCCAAACUGUGAUGUGGUUGAGGUAGUGCAUGAUGCUUUUGACACUGCCAAGAUGCUUUGUGAACAGUACUAUUUAGCUUCUCCUGAAUUGAGAAUAAAGCAGGCGAAUGGAAAUGAUCCUUCCCAGCCGAUUCAUAUAGUUUAUGUUCCAUCGCAUCUCUAUCACAUGCUCUUUGAGCUUUUUAAGAAUGCCAUGCGGGCAACGGUUGAAAGUCAUGAAACUAGUCCUCGUCUACCUCCUAUCAAAGUGAAUGUUGUCCUAGGAAAUGAAGAUGUAACUAUUAAGAUAUCGGACAACGGAGGAGGCGUUCCCUUGAGGAAGAUUGAACGACUGUUCAGUUAUAUGUAUUCCACAGCACCCAGGCCUCUGAUGGAUAAUUCACGGAAUGCUCCUUUGGCUGGUUUUGGGUAUGGCUUGCCCAUCUCUCGACUUUAUGCCAGGUACUUCCAGGGAGACUUAAUGCUGCAUUCAAUGGAGGGCUUCGGAACAGAUGCCGUUAUCUAUUUAAAGGCAUUAUCAUCAGAGUCUGUAGAAAGGUUACCUGUCUUCAACAAGUCUGCCUGGAAACAUUAUAAAUUCAGCACUGAAGCAGAUGAUUGGUGCAUUCCAAGUAGCGAACCAAAGAACCUGGCAAGGUAGAAAGCUUCUCAGAAGACUUUUCCUGUGAGCUGGAAAAGGGAUCACACACCUGUCUCCCAGGACCACUACCUGCAAGUGUUCUGUUGCAAUAAAUAGGCCAAGUGUACUGUGCUUGAGCUGGCCCAUGAAGCAACAAGGAGAGCAAGUCAACAACCACCACCACCACCACCAGAAGAUGCAGGAUCUUUAGAUCGUAGUGUUGCACUUUUGGCUGAUUCAUUCAAUAUAAAGCACUUGGGGUGCUUCUUUUCCCUAGGAAAUAUUUAAUUUGUUCUGUUCAUUAAUUAUAACAAUGUGUAUAAAGAUAAGUGAUGAGAUAAAGAUCACUGCGAAUCCAGAAUCCAAUCUAGGAUAUAAUUCUAGGUCUGCUUAUUUUUUUUCCGCCCAUAUUGUUACCAAGCUCAGGUUAAAAAGUACAUUACCCACCUCUGCAACUAUAAAAAAAGCCAGACCAUAACCAAUGUUCCUUUACCUUUGUACGGUAACCAAAUCGUAUGUGAAUACCAUAUUGCCGAAAAGAGCCAGAAGGUAGCUGUUUUGUUUCAUAACUUGAAGCAUAAUGUGAAACAAACCAAUCUCUGCCCACAGUUGGGCACCAUUCUGUACUGUAUUCCUGCUUCUGCACUGGAAAGAGGAAUUUGCAGAAUUUACAGUAUUUUAUUUUUAAUACUGUCAUGCAGAUUAAUAGAUUUACAUCUAAAUGACCAUUUAAAGUAUUUCUAAAAUACAUUUAACACUGGCUUUGCUUUAAAGUGGGAGCCAGAUCAGGAGCGUAGGCCUAAUGUCUGUAAUUCAGCUAGAAACGUAUACUGCCUGUUAUAUGUUCAGGUUGAAUAUUUCCGCCCUUCAGAGUUUGGCCUGAUGUUCUGUUUCCUUGCUGGUGCUCAUGCUCAUGCCAUUUUUAUCUCACUGGUUGCAAGCAUUAGAAUGCAUUGUGCCAAAUAACUAGUAGUACUGCAUUAUUCACUACUGAAGGGCUGUGUAGUUUCUUAAUGUUCUAUGGCAGAUUUGUGCUCUCUGCAGCCCUUCUGUUGUUAAACUACAGUUCCCAUGAUGCCGUCUAGGAUAACAACCAUAGAGUUGCUUGUACCUCAGCCUUGUCUUAUGGUGUUGUAGGUAUAGGGGGAUAAUAUAAAUGUUCCUAACUAGAGCACAUGGAAGUCUUGCAAUACUUAGCAGUGCAGCGCCAUGUGUAGACCUGAAGCCAUUUUGUCUCCUCCCCUAAGCACACAUUUUAAUAUUAUUAAAGGAUGCUGCUCUAAUAGAUACAGUAUGAAACUGCAAUACACAAGUACCUCCAAUAACUAGGCACAUUCAAAAAGUCGAAUUUAAAUGUCUAUGCAUUAUUUUACCUUAUACUAAUAUGCCAUUAAUAUUUAUUAUAUUUUUAUUCCUUAAUCAUGUGGCCUUUUACGAAGUUCCAUAUGUUCUUAAUCAUUCUUCCAUUAAUAAUUUCUCUCGCAUUCUUUUUUUUUUAUGGCAGCAGAUUGCCUUAAAAUGUUAUUUAUUGCAAUUUGCUGAAAUGCCUCCGUUUUGCUUUUUGCAUGUGUUUGUCUCCAUUGUUGGAAUUUACUUUAAGGCAUUAUGAUAUUAUUAGGCAUUACAUUUCUUUGCUUCACA